CAUUGGUAGUAGUAGAAGAAGAAGAAGAAUAGAAAGCAAUUGCAUUGCGCUCGUGACACGAGAUAGACCAUUCGUUCACAUCAACCCUCUGAAUCAACGUGAGUUCAUCCGCGAGUUCACGAUGAAGUCAACAUCGCCGUCGCAGCCCACGACGACUGGUUCGAACUCCACCACGGGGCUUGAGAAUCGUGAGCAUCGUUCUACUACUCCGUUCCAUGUCCCUAACAUUGAACCGGCCCCUCCAUCCGCAACCAAGAAGGGCAACGGAACCCAUCAGCCGAAGGGUGCACCUGCAAACCGCCUGCAGAGGGGCAGCUCCCCACAGAAGCGGCCCAAAGUCCCCAAAUCAGAACCACGCCAAGCUAGCCCAGCACCUAUUCCUUUCAAGAAAAUCGUUUCACCCGCUGCACCGACGCCCGAUGUCAACGCCACACCAACUCCAGGAGCGGCCCCUGCGCAAAAAAAUCCCGGAAAAUCCACCGAUAAAGUGUCACAGACUGCAACGUCACCGUCAAAGCCACCGGAGUCGGACAACAAGCUCGAGGGUCGCUCCAUGAAAAUAUGUAACGGAGGUCACAUCGUGGUUGCCUUGGCUGCAAUCCUGCUCCUCAGUAUGCUGGGAUACGUUCUGAUUUCCAAAGCUUUCAGCUCCCCUCAAAGGCAGGCGUGCAACACGGCUGUAUGUCAGCAAUACUCCAACUUGAUGCAGUACACCAUCAAUACAUCCGUCGACCCGUGCGACAACUUCUAUCGCUACACCUGCGACGGUUGGAACAGCAAGCAGCCACUGCCAGUAAUGUGCUACCUGCUGAACUUGUACGCAAUAUUCCUGCGGAAUUCUGUGAUGGCACGAGAGAAACCAAUUCCAACUAAAGGCCAGUCCGGUGAUGAAAAGGCCAUUGCCUUCUACAGCUCCUGUACGAACAUUUUCAACAGGAAGGCAAACGAAAUGCCAGCAAUCAGAAACUUCCUAGACAAUGCCAACCUCACAUGGCCUCACCUUACAGCCGACGCUAACCUCUUGGAAGCCAUGUUCUACAUUAGCCGAACGUUGGGCUUUGCCCUGUUCCUUGACAUGGAAUUCAGCAAGAACGCCACACACGCGGUUGUAGUGUUAUCCACACCGUCCUACCUGUUGAAUACGAUAGAGAAGAGGAACCGCCUGAUAAAAAGCAGGCAGUACGAAAACUUCCUCGCACUUCUCAUGAAGCACUUCGCCACACCGGGAAUGCCAAGCAUUGCAGUCGAGGAACAAGUGGCUCUCGAAUCCGAGCCCCUACGCUCGUUAGGUGACACGUUAUCGCAAGGCGGCGACGACUCGACUCCUCAAGUCAUCGACUACAGUCUGAAAGAUGUAACGGGGACAGCGGAAUGGCCAGGGUUCACACCAGAGCGCUGGGAACGUGCCUUCAAAGAAUAUUUGGGAAUUCCCAGCGACAUCGAGGUUCGUAUCAAGGUCCCCGUAGACAGGUACAUGAAAGCGCUUCGCAGUCUACUUGACACCGUGGGAGAAACCAAGCUGCAAUUUCUCGCGGGGUACUUGCUGGCCGUGCAGGUUUCCAUUUUCGCGAACAACGAACUUCAGGAAAAUUUGUACCGUGGUACGACCAGACCAAGAGAGACGGCCAAAGAAGAAAGCAGCCGAUUCUGCUUGAACGUGACUCUGAAGUACAUGGGCAGCGGCUACUUGCACACGCACGAGCGGGACUGGCCGUCUUCCAAGCAACUGCAUGUCGUCGACAAAAUAGCCGAAAGGGUGCAACAAAUGUUUAUCACCCAUUACGGCGUCAAAGCCAAUGUAAGUUUAACUCAGUUCGUUCACAAGUUCACUGACAUACACCGGAGUCUUGACGUGAAUAAGACGUACCGGAACUACCCGGACAUGGGAGACAAGUUCACAGCAAAUCUGCAAGCAGCCAUCAAAGCGUACGAGAUGUCGUCUGCAGAGUACAUCAGGAUACCGGGUAUGGACCUCUUCGCUACCGCCGACAUUCCAAUUUACCGUGGAGAUCCGCCAAACAACGAUACCUACUUCUACCCGUACGUGUUCUUGUACCCUCUGUAUCACGACAGCUCUCCCCUGGUGCACAACUACGCCGGAAUUGGGACCGAGCUAAGCCUCGCCUUUGCGAACCUUGUGAUGCGCAAUAAGAUUGACAACGACAACGUUUCUUGCGCAAUGAAAGCCAACCCACAUGUUAAGGACCAGGCGCUCAUCAAAGAUAUGCUGAUUCGUGCCGCGGCGGCGGACAUGACCUGGAUGAGCUUCAAGGGCGCAGAGUCUGAAGGCAAAGGAAUAGGGCUGGACGUCCCCGGCUUCACGCAUGACCAGCUGUUCUUCAUUCUAUUUUGCUACAGCACGUGCAGCCGGACAAAGAAAGGGGAAGAUAUGUGUAACGUGUCAUUGAGGUCAAGUGUGAAAUUUAAUGAAGUGUUCGCAUGUCCACCCACAAGCUUCAUGGGAGGUGGUCAUCUGUGUCGAUCUCCGACAAACGGUUCAUCAGCUUCGGUGACGAAAUGAGUGCUUGCGCUUCCAUGAGCACGUGAACCGUAUACAAAACCCUCUCUGGGCUGAUGCUAUGCAAGGAUCCAAUACAGUACAAUAAAAG